ACAUACAACAUAUCUUCACAAAUUAGUCAAUCUGUUGGUUCUUAAUAAUUGCUCUUCUACACAUACACUAUCAUCAAUGGUUAGAAGAAAAGUAACGAAAUUAGAGCCCGAGCAUCGUAGAUAACUCGUCCUCUGGACCAAUUGCUGUGAAAAUCUUUAGUAUUUAAGUAGUUAAUCGAAAUAUUUUGAGGAUCAACACCAAUAGUUUGGAAUUAUUUAAAAACCGAUGGCUAAAAUACGAAAUGUGUUCAAAAAGCACCUCAUUCCGAAUCUGGAGAGCAAAUGUCGGCUGUGCCUGUCGGACAAGGCGAUCGUCCAGUCCAUUUUCCAGUGCGAAAGCAAGGAGACAACCGAUACGUUGGUGGAGAAAAUCUUCGAAUGUACCGCAAUCAUGCUCUCCAAGGACUUUGACUUUCCGUCUCCGAUCUGCGAGGACUGUGCGAUCAAGCUGGACGAGUUCUUGCUGUUUAGAGCGAAAUGUCUGAGAAGCAACGAGAUUUACAGGUUCAACAAGUUGCACAAAGCCAGACUGUUCAGCGCGGGCCCGAAAGCUCCGCAGCAAAGUAAUGGCAGUGUUGGGGGUCUCGAUGGAGACGGUGAAGGUCCGAAGGAGCACAAGCCACCGGACGAAUCGCCCAAGGACCAGCAGAGGCAUUCGUUGCCUGUGACUCCACAGCUGGUAAUACCGGAGGAGCAGCAGGUCGAUAAGGAAGCCGUCGUCAUCACCACAAGCAGUAGUAGCGAAGGUGCUAACGUAACCGUUGUUACCGAUGUGAUACAGGAGGAAUUCAACGGAAAGGACGAAGAAACUGUCACACUCGACGGAAGAAAAUCUACCGAUUUAUCCGUUAUUGACGAUGCGGAUGUAACAACCGUGAGUGAACCACUGCCCUCGAGAAGCACGCCGCGACCAAUUACGGAUGCCGUCGCAGGAUUUACGUUCCCGCUGGCAUCGGUCGAGGACAUGGACGCACUGGAACGUCGCGUACGCACGUGUCCCCCCAGCAGAGAUCGAUUCAUAACACUGCUUAAAACGUUGAAAACGCACGAUACCUCACUGAGCGAUACAUAUCAGCGAAUCUUCACGGACGCGCUCCUGAUACACUACAAUUACGACGGAAUUUCGCCCAAGUACAACAAGCGACCGCUCAAGAAUCUUGCCAUCUUCACCGACUGCAUGCUGGCUGCUUGGGACGACCACAUGGAUGCUGCCAUGGUACGCGAAGCAAUAAUCGAGGCUGUGAAAAAAUCCCACAAUCGGUACAACCAAUGUUACCAUCGCAAGCGCGCCAGGCAGGUAUACCUCUGAGGGAAACAAUCAUUUACUGUUUAGAUAAAAUAAUUCUUAUCGAAUUGCCAUUAUUAAAGAACAUAAUAUAGACUUCCAGCUAUGAAUGGUUAUAGCUGGUUGGUUCAAUUACAAACAGUACACAAAGUAUUGCUGAAAGCAAUCAGAUAGUGAUCAGUUGGCGUGUUUAGAAUUAAAAAAAAAACAUUCAUGCAUCAGUACUAUAGAUUAGAACAUGAUACGAAUAAACAAAAAGAAAAUAGAUUAGAAAAUGAAACCCUACUUUAAAUUGAACUAUUGACCCAGAGUUUUAAGCAACAGAAAUAACUACCAAAUAAAACGAUUACAACCCAGCAAUUGAAAUGAUAGCAAAACUAACGAUACGAACCGCGAAGAACCAAAAAGUAAGUAAAAUUUUCUCAUCGAACAAACAAAGAAACGGAAAAAACGUAGCGUCACAAAUUAAGCAACACACAGCUAGUGCACACUAGAAUUACCGGCACAAGAUUGUCAUAGAAAACUUUUAAGAAUUGUUGUGAAUUGAUUUUUUUAUCGUAUUUAAAGAGCAUAAGCGAGCCGGUAGCUUCUUUCGAAUUCGACUAUUUCUUAUCGAACGUUUUCCAUCUAUAAAAGCAGAGACACUGGAGAGAACUGAAACGGGCCACAGAAAACAUAUGAGAGAGAAAAUUUGCCAGCAAACAAAUCGGUUGAAACGCUUUAAAGAAACAUUGAAAUAAAUAAUCACGUUUACUAAAAAUAAA